UGAGCCAGUCAGUGCAGUGGCGAGCCUCGUCCGUUGCUGACCGCGGGUGUGUGGUAAAUACCAGUUAUCUAGAGUGUCCAGUGCACGGUUAUACCUGCCUGCCUGUCUCAGCAUGGGGUUUAUAACAGCCUACACCAAUUUUAAGGACGCCGAAAAUAAUAAUUAUGAGAUCGAGAACGAGGAGCGACGGAAAUUGCUUUCUGGUGGAAUUCAGGCCAAUUACGGAGAUGUAAUAAUCCAUAGUCCCUCGCCAACGAGAGGCUCCACCAUCAUAGAGCCCGUUCUACUCAUGUUCCUGCUGGCCAAGACACUUUCAGACACUGUGAUCACAAACCUACUGGAGUACCGGACGUGUAGAGUUCUACUGGAGCUACCUCACGACAACUGUACGGAUCCUGUCUCCCCCAAUGUAGAGGACCUCGUGCAGCCCACCACGGCGCACAUCAUCACAGGGCGUGCCCUCCUGGAGGCUUUCGUUCCCUCCUGCAUGGCUGUUCUCAUUGGGCCUUGGAGCGACGCCAACGGUCGUAAACCUUUCAUGGUCAUCUCAUUAGCAGGUAUAUCGCUGACAUACUUUUGUUGGGGCUGCUUGUCGCUACUACCCAAUCUACAUCCUUAUGUGUUUCUGCUGGCUUCGCUACCGAUGUCUUUGUCCGGGGGAUCUUGCGCCGUUUAUCUUCUGACCUACUGCUAUAUCAGUGAUGUCACAGAUGAGCACACGAGGUCCUUCAGAAUGGCUGGGCUGAUGACCGCUUUUGCCGCCAGCAACGUUUUUGGGGUAGUACUGGCUCCCCUGCUGAUGGACUUGCGACAAUCUCUCAACCCCUAUCCUUCUAUCUUCUUUUUGAGCGCUUUCCUACAGCUCGUCAGCGCUUUCUACACCCACUGGUACAUCCAGGAGUCCGUCCACGUCCAACUGAUACGAGAGAAAGUGUUCUUAACGUUAAGUCACGUAAGAACACUCUUCUCGGCCUGCUUUCGCCAUCGUAGAGGAAAUGCGAGACCUAUGAUUCUUUUGCUCGCCGCUACGCUGAUUCUAAGGAUCUUCAUAAUUGAAGGUGAAGAAGCGAUCCUCUAUCUAUCUGUGAGGGAGAUGUUCUCAUGGCAACUGCACGACUAUUCGGCAUACUUUUGCUUUAACAAUAUCGUCAUAGGAGUGGGUGCCUUAGUUGGAGUAUGGUUGUUCACUAAGGUGCUAGGAAUACCCAACACCCUGUCAGUUGCCAUUGUGUUUUCUGCUCACUGUCUCCGCUCCACCAUGAUGGCCAUUGCCAGCUCAAGCGAACAAUUCUACUACGCUUCACUUGUGAGCAUUUUUGUCACAACCUCUGACCCUAUCUGCCACACAGAAUUGAGCCGUAUUGUACCACAGCAAGAACUAGGUAAAGUAUUCGCUCUCACGUCUAUCCUCGAAUCUUUCACUCCGAUUGGAGCUGCACCCCUCUACACCUUCGUGUACCGGAAUACUUUCCUGCAGGUCCCAGGCGCUGUCUUCCUCGUGUCCGCCGCCCUUUCCAUCACUGCUGUCCUGAUGGUCUCAAUUGUGUUUCGUCAUCCAGAAAUUUGUAAUGGAAGAGUGCUACCCAACAUGCUGCCUGGAAGAAUUCAACGAAGAGCCUACUGAAUGAAAUAACUGUGAUAAAGGAUACAACAUCCAUCUGUACACAAGUUGGACAAAUGUUAUUUACAUAAUAUAGAGUAUCUACUAAUUUAUUUUAAUAAAAUAAAUUUAACAAUUUUACUUCACGUAUUAUUGUAUAAAUAUAUUAUGCGAAUUUGUUACUAAUUACUUAUAAAUUAGUAACAAAAUCUUUCUUGUAAAUUGUGUAUCUGUAAGUACGCAAGAAUUGUGUUUUGAAGGCCUGUAACGAACUUGUUAUUCAUGUUAAUGGCCAGUGCAAUCCCUUGCGGUAGUUUAUAUGUGAGCUAAGCCGUUCCAUUCGCGGAACCGUUACCGCAAGUUCGCAACAGCCGUGGAACGUUUUCGGCAAACAAUUCCGUUGCAACGGAACGCUAAAUCCAUUCAGUUGCGUUUCCUUUUUAAUUAUUAAACAGACUAUAAGAUUAUAUUGCAUGCAAAUGCUCAAAUCUGUUGCUACUUGAAACGCGAUUGUGCUGUAGCGGCAAAUGAAAUAAACAGUGAUAUAUACUCUAAACAAAUAGGCAAAUAAUAUUACUCUAAACAAAAGAUUUAUUAUGGUAGGUUUAUUUACAAGUCGUCAAAAAAAACUAGGUUUACCAAACAAAUUUCUGCCACACAAUCCCCGUAAGGUUGCAAAGUCUAUUCCCUAAAGACAAAUGUCUCAGCGACUGCGUUACGUCAUGUGGCGUUGGCAUAUCUCGGUUUCACUUCUUUGCAAAAAAACCAAUUAAUAUGUUGGUGGUUACAAUUUUGUUAAUUUUUAGAAUCCACUUUCAAAUUAAAGUGAUGUAUUUAUGCAUCAUGCAUCAUGCAUUAUGAUUUUUACAAAAUUUAUGCAAAAUCGUUUAUAAUGCAAAAUUUGUAUUAGGGUUUUUGGUUAAAUAUUACAAACCGCAUUAAAUAUGGUACAUUAAAAAUUAUGUUAUAAUAAUGUAUAGUUAAUUGAAUUUGUUUAUUCUGUGGUUUUUUCAUUACUAUUAUAAUUAACCACAAUAUCAUGCAAAACUGUUUCAAUUUUAAACUUUUUUUGUCCUUUUAUCUGUUGACAAAAUCAUUAAAGCGGUACAGUUUUUCAUUUGACCCAGAGGAACCGAUAUACCGAGUUUCAAGUCUCUAGAAUCUUUGUAUUAAGACUUGUCAGGCAGACGGAGAGACAGAAUUACACGAUUUUAAAAAGGUCCUUAGUAAAACAUAUUAUUGCGGUUAUCUCAUCCUUCCAGUUUUCGUUCCAGUAUUCAAUACCAGUCGAGAAUCCGUUUUACCGUAGCAUCCAUUGCAACAAAGCGACGUAACGGUUUUAUAGGAAUAUUUUAUUACUUUUCUGUUGCGGUUUCACAACAGUUCCAGCUACAGAGCGUUGCAAUGGAGCAGUUUCUGUUGCAUCGAUCUACAUCUACCUUAAUUUACUCAUACACCGGUUUUAUUGUACAAAUAGUUUAUAUCAUUCACGCAUACUGAUGUAUAAUGUCUUAAAUAGCAAUAAAGCCAUAUAAAAUUAA